GGUGUGUUUUGGUGUGAGGUGGAAGUUUACAGCUUUGCAACAGAACCCGAACGAGAGUUCAAUUUGGCAGAUAAAUUAUGGACGAAAAAGAAGGUUUUGUGGAGAUUGGCCCUAAAAUUCCUGAGGAAGGCCCAUCAGCGCCCCCACCUGGCUGGCUGGACUGUGUUUCAGGUUACGAGGGCUCCAAAGGAGGAGGGGAUCCUGAUGAGAAUUACCAUGCUCCACCUCCGUACGCUCCACCAGACAGCAAUCAGAAUGCUCAUGUCCCCAAUGUGAGGGAGCCAACAGUAUCAGAGGACGUGGCCCGUGAGGCUCUCCUGAAGUAUGUGGAGAAGAAGUGGAGCUACAGCAGCAAGCCCGCCAAAAACCUGGUCUUCAAGGACCUCAAGCCUAUUACAGUAUACCGGUACCGUUUGGAGACAUACACAGAGUUAAGAUCGAGCAACUGGGCAUCAGAGCCAUAUAGAGGCCAGUUUGUGGACGGGCCAGAAAAUGGCAGGAGCCCACCGCCAUGGGAGGUUCCCGUGCCGUAUCCUCAGAAAUACACUGACGUCACAAUGCAAGUCCGGGUACCACACUCCUGUUUGGUUAAGCCAUGCCAUCAAUGUCAGAGCAUGGGGAGUGUGCGCUGCUCCCGUUGUUUCUCCCGAGGACAUGUGCGCUGUGUACAUUGUUUCGGCCAUGGUCACAGAGGUGUUGGCAAGAACCGAAGGAGAUGCACUCUCUGCCAUGGCCGUGGAGUCAGAAGAUGUAUUUGCUGUCACGGUCGUGGUAUUAAAGUGUGCCCAUCCUGCGAAGGACAAAGGAACCUUUUACACUUCCUCCAGCUGACUAUUGUAUGGAAGAACAAUAUAAUGGCAUACAUUCCUCCUGACAAGGUGCCUGAGUUUCCAAUGGAGAAGCUUGAGAGUGUGUCCGGUGAUGCCUUUUUUGAGGAUGAAAACCUUUUGGUCUAUCCCAUUGUGGGCUUCCCAGACCAGGAGAUCUGUGCUAUCUCUAAGAAAGGGAUCGAGGAGCACAUCGCCAAGUUCUCUUCCAGUCGUCGCAUCCUGCAGCAGAGGCAGACCAUAGAGUUGGUUCCCGUCACCCAAGCCUUUUACAACUACCAUGGGAAGGUCUAUGAGUACUUUGUCUAUGGAAAUGAAAACAAAGUUUUCAUACCUAAAUACCCUUCUGCUUGUACAAUAUUAUAAUCAGGGGUUAAAGUGUGUGUGUGUGUGUGUGUGUGUGUGGGGGGGGCGGAGAGGAACGCAGUCCCGCCACCUCAGAUAAUAAUAAAUAUAUUCUUUCAUACCAACGAUAUAGCGAGGCAUGAUAUUGAUAAAAUAAAUGGUGAGUUAAUUUUUCGCGUGUACAGAGGUGACCAAGAAGCUAGCAAUUCUCGUCCAAAAAUAUUGCUACACCAUGAUACUCAAUAUGUUGUCCAACGGUGAGUCAUUUUUCCCCGUUGCACCGACAUUGGAUUUUAGGGUUGCCACACCUGCCAAAUUCCACGUUAACCACUGAUUAUAAUGGAAAUAUUAGCUACAUGUUUGUGUGAUCCAUUAACUCUAAAUGUAUGUUCAUGUGAUUGGAAGGGAUUGUAAUGUGGAGAGUGUAAAUGGGACCAAGGACCAGUUCCAAAUCUCUUGUAAUCCUUUGUUGUGAGUUUGUAAGUGUGCCCCAUGUACCCCUAACACUUUGCCUUACCACUCCAUCCCAAAGAGAAUCGGAACACCAGGUUGUUUACAAGCCCGUUUCCAAAAAAGUUGAGAUGCUGUGUAAAAUAGUGUUCAAGUUCUAAAUUGGCAAAAAGAGAAGCAAAUAAAAAGUGUGUUUGGCAAGGUCUGUAGCCAGGGUCAUGAGGGCUUUGCAGUGAUCGUGAAGGAAUCUACUGCGCUAGCAGGAGUCAAGCAGGAUCCAUGCGUACACCCCUAUGUUAUUCCUAACCAAGGAAGAUGGGAGGCGUGAGGGGAGGUGGUGGGUUGAAACCACAUGCUGCCACUUGAACCGGCAGGCAGGAAUAACUGACGCUGUAGGCGUGGCAAAUUUCAUCACGUUCCUCCUGAACUUCCAUUUAGAAUGCUAUUAAAAAUCAGAAUGCUAUAAUUUGCAAAUCAUGUAAACUCAAUUUAAUUGAGAAUAUUGCAUAGUGCACGUAUCAAUCAACACGUAUCAGUUGUUGGAGAGUAUAUGUUAAUUUUGAAUUUGAUGCCCACAACACCUUCCAAAAAUGUUGGGACAGGUGCACGUUUAUCACUGUGUUGCUUGCUAUUUUUCAUGAGUUUACGAGAUAUGAAGAUCAUAUUCUGUUUUUAUUUACAUUUUAUACAGCAUCCCAACUUUUAUGGAAAUGGUUUUAUAUAUUUACAGAUAUGUAUGUUUAGCUGACGCUUUUAUCCAAAGCAUCAGCUGUGAACAUUAGCAUAACAAUGAAUACUACCUUACACAAUAAUACAUGCAGCUGUUAUAUUGUACCUGUGUGCCUUUUGUAUUUAAAAUUGCCUUUUGUUUUUCAUCUGAAGUUGUCGCUUCAACUGCAGAAAUACGCGACAACUGCAGGAAUACUCAAGUAAUUAUUCAAAUGGGAGAUUUAGUAGGACUACUCAUAGACAAUGUGAAGAGAAAUGAAACUGUAUGAUAACUGUAUAACUUCUCACAAAUACUAUCCGUGUACUGUAUUUACAUGUAUGUAAGGACAGUCAUAUCACAAGCUAUAUCACUUUGAGAAACCGGUUUACUUUUGUAUUCUUUACACCCUAUAAACAGUAACAUAUUGAAAUAGGAUUACUCUUUUAAAUGCUCUUGUCGAGCUGUAUGUUUAUAUCUAAGGUCUAUCUACAUUUGUGAUGCCCAUUUGGUAUCUAAAUAUGUAUUUUUCAGGAGCAUCAAAGCAUCAUUGAAAAAGCUCAAGCUUAGAGGCCUACAUUUCAUAUCUACUCACAAGAUGAUGUUCUCCAGGUGACUUAAAAAAAAACAUGGUCGUGUGCAUUCAUUGCAUGAUCUUGUUACUGUGUGGAGAUCAUAACCAUUUACCUACAACCUUAACUAUCCUAUACUUGUUAUAGUUUUUGCACAUUAAGCAAACUUUAUCAUAAAUCUGUCAAGUAUUUGUUUACUGAACCUGAAAUAAACAUGAAUGCUAAACAGUA